AUGGCAUACAGCGCAUCAGCUCCGCGAGUGGUUCGCAUACUUUCUCUCUUUCUCUACCUUCAAAUACUCUUGUACACUAUCGGUAGCGUUACUGGAUUCAAACUGCCUUCGUUUCUGAACAGUCAAGCACCCGCUGGCCUCAGAUUUCAGGAUACUGAUAAAUUUCCAGACGAUGACUCCCAAAUUUCAAUUGAUCUUCCACUAUUACUCCAUACAAAUCCCGCUCAAAGGAAUAUUUUCUUCUCUAAGGCUCUGAAUUUACUAGAUUCAAUGCAGCACGCGCCAUCCUGCAACCAGCGUGCUGUCGCAAGUUUGAUCACAUCUUGUCAAGCCUUAUCACCUGAGACAAGUGAGAGGAGACAUUACACUCACUCUGACUUGGACCAUGUCAAAUCGUUAUAUGCUGCUCGAUUAGCAGUAUGCGAGAUAACUGGGACUGGAGCCACGAUACCCGAAAAAUGCUUAGAUACAUUUCCUUCUCAUAACGGCUGGAGACCCCAGUACAAGGACAGUUCUCAGGGAUUCCAAGUCGCAGACGGGGAAAGGAAUAUCCCCGCGGCAGUACUGGAGUUAUGUCUCAGAUCCCUGGAAUCAAAACCACAGUGGUGGACAAGCUAUAGCAACGGUCGUCAAAAUGCUGCUGUGAUGUGCCAUGCCGCUCGCUUUGAGAUUGAGAAGGAAGAACUUCUUAAUCAUCAUAGAAGCCUAACUGAAGUUACUCAUGGAUUAAACAUGCACUUGAACCAAUCUCUGGAAGAUUCUUAUACCCAAGCUCAGCAGCAUCGUGAAUUUAUAAGGAGUAUUGAUACCCUACAGCAAAGUCUACUACGUGACCUACGUAGAAAUAGCAACAGUAUUCAAAAUCAAGUUACGGAGCUCCUAUCAGGUACCAGAGAUAUGUUUCGUAAUGCAAAUGGAGAAUUCCGGGGGUUUAUUGAAACCACUUUGACCGAGACUGCUACUCUCACUAAGCAAAUUAAAUCGUCCAUUAUCUCGGCUCAAGAAGUAAAAAGAGCUUUGAACGAGGUACUUGUCAAAGAAGUGAAGCAAAACUCAGACUUAGUUUCUGCAGAGCAGACUGCUCUCCUAGCCAAUGCUCAUCUUAUUACCGAUAUUCAAGGCUCACUCACCGAGGUAAAGCAGGCUGGAAUGGGUAUCAUAGCGGAAGAGCUGAAACAUCUCCACAUGUCGAUGCGUGUGAAACAUAUUGAUGCAGCCCUUAGCCACUUUGAAGAGAAAACUGCGUUUCUUCAAAACGUGAUGACUACGCAGAUAUUAAACCAAACUCGACUCCAGCAAUCUUUCCAUGAAGACCUUCGUGCAGCUCAAGCUCUUUUACACAACAUCACAAACUCUGCUAUAUAUCUACAGGCCACGAUCGGAGAUGCCCAAUCUACAUUCAGUACACUUAUUCCGCGGAAAGGAUCACUAAUAUCUAUAAUAUGGUGGCUGUGGUAUGCCACAGUAUUUGGCAUCCUGACUCUAUUUAAAACAAAACUUAUAGUAUAUGCUAUCUUUUUUUCUGUCUUCGGAGCAGUUCUUUUCAUAUUAGGAGGUCAUGACUGGCUUCAGACCAUUCAAAUACCCACUCUCAUCACCCUACGCCAAGUGACACCCGUCGAGAUAAUUUGCUUUGCACUGGUAUUUGUUAUUAGUGCUCUUACCAUUGUUAUUAUUACUGUCAAAGGAUUCCCUUCUAAGUCAAAACUCGGGAUGAACACGAAUUCGGAAGCAUUGAGGCUUCCUUAG